AUGGCAGCAGCUAAGAAGCUGCUGGGCGACAUCGAAGCGAUGCUGAAGAAGGUGGAUUUAGGAAUCACUGAGUUCGACGGGCUGAUGGAGAAUCAUAGACAUGCGAGCCAGCCGAACCAACGUGAGAAGUACGAGGAGAACAUGAAGGCCUCCAUCAAGAAGCUUCAGCGUGACAGGACCCAGCUCUCGGCCUGGAUCUCCGACAAGAGCGUGAAGGAGAAGUCAGCUCUGACGGAGGCCAGGUCGAAGAUCGAAGCCCGAAUGGAGAAGCACAAAACCUUCGAGCGCGACGUGAAGAAAGGUUUGAACAACGAGGAGAGGAUGGACCCGGAUCAGGAGAAGCGGGCGGAAUGCAGAGCCUGGAUUCGAGAGUUCGUGAACCAGCUCUUGCAGGAGGUUGAUGAGUUCACCGCUGCCAUUGAACAGCUUCAGAAGAAGAAGACGUCCAAGAGUUCCAACGACGAGUCCCAGUCGGCUUUCAACAAGAAAAUGCAGGAGUCGCAUCGAUGGCAUGUCAAUAAGCUUGAGCAGCUCCUAAGAAAGGUGGAGAACCAAGACAUAGACCUCGAAAGCUUAGACGACUUGAAGGACAGCUUGGAAUGCUACUUGGAUCCCGAGCAGAACGUGCGGACCCCCGAGGCAUUUGCAAACUUUGACGACACGUACUCGGACUACAACCUUGAGGAGGUUCAGGACUACCUUGCUCAACGUGUUCCAAGCCAUAACGAAGAGAGGGAGGAGAAGGAAGAGCCGAAAAAGGAGGAGAUCAAGCAGCCGAAGCCCGAGCCUGCGAAGCACAUGAGCCAUAUGCCCAAGCCCGCCCCGACGGUUUCGGUACAUCCAGUGCACAAGGCCGUGGUCGAGGAGAAGCCCGAAGAUGCGAGUUCAAGCGCAAGUGCUCCGGCGAAGACGGCCGCUCCCAAGCAGAUCGCAACAAAGGCGGCGACUGCAGCAGCAGCUGUGAUGCAGUCGGCCUCGCCACCACCUCCUGUGCCCUCGACUCCUCUCCCGAACCACCCGCCUCCACCGGCCCAGCUUCCACCAGCCCAAGCUCCGGCAGGCCCCACCCCCCAGCCCACCCAACCACCUCCCAAGCAGCCACCCCAAAUGGUACAGGGCCAGCCCCAGCCGCAGCCUGAGCCAGUCGUCGCAAACGCCGUGCUUCAGCAGCCGCCCACCAGGCCCUUCUCGCCGCCCGCUUUCCCCCCGCCUACGACUGCUGUGCCCGCGACUUCUGUGUCCGCGACUGCUGUGCCCGUUUCGACUGCUGUGCCGGCCAUGCCCAACCACAACGCCAGCCCGCAUGAGCCGCCCAGCGUUCCACCGCCACCGCCCACACAGCCGGCCACGCAAGACUUGCGCAACUUGGUUGGCCCAGGCCAGCCGGGACCCAAAAAACCACCACAGAUCCAAGCCCGAGCCCCACCCAGCGAAGCGCCUCCAGCUCAGCCGCAGGAUGUGCCUGCUGCAGCUGUUCCCGCCUUGGCGGCGAUGCCUGCCGUACCCGCCGUACCCGUUCCAGCCGUGCCAGCCGUUCCGGCCGUUCCACCUGUGCCCGCUCCUGCACCAGCUGCGGCGCCUGAUGCGAACGCCGGAGGCCCGGCCGCGCCAGCGGCCUACGAUGUGCCACCUCUCACCAAAGCACAGGAGAAGGCUCAUGCGCUCUUGGAGUCGUCUGCACGGCACAUGCCCCAAGCCGGGGACGUUCGAAGGAACAGGAAGUACCAGCCGCAGCAGCCUCACAUGCAACAUGAUAGCCAGGGCAAGCCAUAUUACCCCACGGACUCGAUCCGAAGCUUCGAGGAGCCUGCGCUCUUCGAACGCUUUGAUCAGGACACUUUGUUCUGGUCCUUCUACCACCAGCAAGGGACCUAUCAUCAGUACCUAGCUGCAAAGGAGCUCAAGAAGCUCUCCUGGCGCUAUCACACCAAGUACCUCACGUGGUUUCAAAGGCAUGAGGAGCCGAGGCUGACAGCACCAGACUUCGAGCGUGGAACCUACGUGUUCUUCGACUUCGAUGGCCAGUGGGCUCAGCGGAUCAAGGCGGACUUCACAUUUGAGUACGCCUGGCUGGAGUCCGGAGAGAUCUGA